CGCUGACACAUUUGUCAGAAACCUGACAAAUGCCUUUAACUCUCUUCACACUCACCUCUUCGUCUUUCCUCUGUUUUCUUCUACUCUCUCUCUUCCCUAUGCAUUAAAACAGUGAAGAACAGAGCAAGAGGUUUAGUCUCCUGUUUAAGCUUUUUUUCUUCUUGGGAGGUGGGUUUUGUUUCUUUAGGUCGCUAGUUUCAAAAGCUGUCUCCUUUUCUCGAAAAGAAAAAGAAAGAAACACAAUUUUCAUUGUUAAGAAGAUGCAGAGCCCUAAAACAGAGGAGGAGGAGGAGAGGGGGAGGAAGAAGUGGCCGUGUAUGAAAGCGGCUCAGUUACAAGAGUUUAGAAUGCAAGCUUUGGUUUAUAGAUACAUAGAAGCUGGUCUUCGAGUGCCUCAUCAUCUUGUGGUUCCUAUUUGGAAUAGUCUUGCUCUCUCUUCUUCUUCCACCUCAAGUUACCUUAUCCACUACAACCAUCACUCUUCUUCCCUGUUGAAUGAUAAGGUGGAUCCUGAACCCACAAGGUGCAGGAGAACAGAUGGGAAGAAAUGGCGGUGUAGCAACAAAGUCCUCCUGCUUCAGAAGUACUGUGAACGGCACAUGCAUAGAGGCCGUAAACGUUCAAGAAAGCUUGUGGAAUCUUCUCCUUCUUCUUAUGAUGUUGCUUCGUCAUCUGUUUCAACCAAACGUGACAAUACUGAUGGUUUGGCCAGUAGUAGUAAGAGUCAGAGUGAGACAAUGUCGGUUUCUAGUAACGCUCAGGUUGUCACCAUUGCUUCACUGCCUACUGCCAGAGUCUGUGAUAACGUCACUCGUCCAUCUCUAGUGAUCACCGAGUCCACAAACAGAAGAGCGAGUAAUCUCGAUAGGAGCAGAAGGGUCAUGGACAUGAGUUAUGAUGACUUCAUCAAACAAAGAGGUGCGACUACGUGUGUUAGAGGUUUUCCCGUUCAAGGUCCUGAGAGGUUACCUUCUGUUCAGAAGUUCUUUCCUGAGGCAUCUGAUACUUCCUCAGAAGCUGCAAGAUUCUCAAGCAACAGGAAGAACGAAAUAAUUGCAAGAAGCAGAGAAUGGAAGAAUAUGAAUGUUAAUGGUAGCUUGUUUCCUAACAUCCACUUUUCUCCAGACACUGUUCUUCAAGAUCGUGGUGGGUUUGGUUUACACAGAGUUGAAACAGAAAAUGAACCAGGAAGGUGCCGAAGAACAGAUGGGAAGAAAUGGAGAUGCAGCAAAGAUGUGCUGUCUGGUCAGAAGUAUUGCGAUAAGCACAUGCAUAGAGGUAGUGUUAAGAAGAAGCAUCCAGUGGAGACUACUCACACACAUGAGAAUGCUAGUUUUAUCCGCGUAACCGUGAGACCGGAUGAUAGAUCUGUGCCUUGCAAAGAUGAUGGAGAUGGACAGAAGCUCCCCGUUUCGGUUCUGGGAAGAGAGCAGCUGUCCCAAGUUUCAGAUGAGAAGAACACUAACAGUUGCAGCACCGACACCACAGUCACUGACAUAGCUUUAAGGUGUGAAGACAAUGAGGAGGUCUUGUCAUUGUGUUCUUCAGGUGUUUAAAAGCAUAGAAAAGUUGUUGAGGUUCUAAUAUUUCUGAUGUUUCUAGUUUCUAUCUAUGGAUCCUUCUUAAUAUGAUGUCUUAGAAGUAAGAAGAUGUCAAACACGAGAGAAUAUUAAGACACAAAUUUCAUUUA